CUCUGGAUCAAAGGCUCACUCUGCUCCUCGGUCACACGGUCCUGCACUAGAGCGCACUCGGUCUCCUCGGACGCUCCGCUCUCUGGAUAUCGCAGCCUGGUGUUGUUUCAUGGGAUUAUAUUCAUCUGAUGGUUUUCAACUCCAACUCGAUGUAUAGAAAUGGGUAAACUGCAUUCGAAGCAUGCCGCUAUUUGUAAACCGAGGGAGAGCCCAGAAGGCGACAGUUUUGUUGUGAAUGCCUGUUUGGCGAAAAAGGGAGUCGACGACUGGCUCGUGAAGCAGAAAUACUACUGCACGAGCUCUCGCCUCGGGCAACAGGACUGUCACCAUAAGGGAAACUGCGGGCUGACUGCACGGGACUCAUUGGCAUGUGGUGAAGGCAUCAUUGAUGAACACUAUCGUUUAGAAGUGGCUCUACCCCCGGAGAAGACAGACAGCUGCUGUGUGGAGGAGAAGAUGCUGGAGAGGGACAGCCGGUCUCCCGCAGGGGCACAGAAACAGCUCCGGUUUGAAGAGCUGGAGUGUGCUGUGUCUGUGGAGGAGGAUAACAGACAGGAGUGGACCUUUACCCUCUAUGAUUUUGACAACAAUGGCAAAGUUACUCGAGAGGACAUCACCAGCCUGCUCCACACCAUUUACGAGGUCGUGGAUGCCUCCGUCAACCAUUCUCCCGGCAGCAGCAAGACGUUGCGGGUCAAGCUGUCCGUCGCUCCAGACUCAAGCCAGAGGUGGAGGAGCUGUGCUCAGGGUGCGUCAGAAAUGUCCCACUCCAGAGAGAAAAACGACAAGUGCUUCGAAGACCCCAAGAGUGCAGACAAGAAGUCUCGAGCACUCCUCAGGCGCCACCACAGCGACCACCACACCCAGUCUGGCUGCCAGCGCCACUGUGUGGACGAGAACCUGGAACGCAGGAACCACUACUUGGACCUAGCUGGCAUUGAAAACUACACGUCCCGCUUUGGAGCCGCUCCUGCUGCAGAACCAGCAAAGAUAGAGACUCAGACUCGCUCAUCCAAUCAGGCUCGUUCUCGUUCACAUGAACCAGAAAACGGACACACCCAUUCACACCACCGCCGGCUGCAGACGGUUAUGGAGACUGCUAUUCCAGAGGGCCUUCAACCUGCCCGGCCCAGAGGCCAGGACACCGGGCGGCACGCCAUCCGUUCUCCGAAGACUCAUAGCCGCACACCUCCUGCACAGAACAGCGGCAAGGUGAUGAGGAGUAGAGGCGCUCCACCUCCCCCGGCUCUGCCGUCCCAGAUACCCCCUCAUCAGUCUGCAGCCCCCUAUCGCAAACACAAACAGCGAUCCAAGGAGAGCCAAGGCUACCGGGCCUUAGGCUCUCUUAGCUCUCCGGGACCUGUAGUGGAGAAAGAGCAGGUCAGGGACCUCCCAAGUGUGCUGCUCUAUGACGGUGGGCUUGCACAAGUGGUGCAGCGGCAUGAACAUCACCAUCACCACGAACACCAUCACCACUACCACCACUUCUACCAGUCCUGAAGCUCUAAACUGCCUGGGAAGGUUUAGCACCCCUUCAUUGCCACAAAAACCAAACAGGCCAACGGACACUGACUGCAGCAAGCUGCACCUGGCAGCACAGACACAGGACAUGUGGAGGACAUGAGGGUGGCGGCCAUUGUGUGCCAGGGCUGGAAUGUUAAGUAACCAGUGCUAUAACAAUGUUGAUCAGAUAUACAGAAGCUUUGGUAUACAGUAGGACAGUGAGUCAGAGCCCAAGCUGAGCAGUUGGUCUGGAAAUCACACCAAGGUUCAGGAGCCAACACGAAGGUGCCCGGUUCAGAUGUUUUCAGCCUCUACCCACUUAACUCCACACCUUCAGACUAGCAUCCUAACACUCUCCAUACUAUGAAGUCAAAAGGAAGAGGAUGGACAGGAGGAGGAAGCUGUGACUGAAAUUCAAAAAUAUAUGAAGGAAUUUGGGCCACAAGUCAGUUGUGAAAAAUCUGUGUCCAAAACAAAAUGACUGUGCGCACAUCUGAGUGUCACAACACUGGUGUUUGUUGGAAACCAUAUCAAGUGUGCUCAGAAUGUGAAACAUGUUCUCAAGCCGAGUUUUGAAGAAAAAAAAUAAAUUAACCCCGCAUCACACUAUAGGCAUAAAGGGGAAGGAAAACUUUGAAACCGUGUAAUUUUCUACCUCUUUUUUCAUCUGAAUUGUUGCUCUGAUGGAAAUGUUAAUCAAGCAUUCGUUUUCCAAAUUACUUUUAAACUUUGUUGAACUAAGAACAAUUAUAUCACAAUCUGCAGCUCUGAAGACUGGAGAGCCUCCUCUCAUUUAUUGACUAACAUUUGCUGUACAUAAGGUAUUUAUACUGUCAUUGAUUUUAUAAGCUUUAUCAAUGUAUUCAUUGUGAAAACUACAUUUUUAUUAUGACCACUAAGAACGUCAAUAGAACAUGUAAUUGACCCAUCUCAGAUUUUCCUUCAUUUCCUCUCUGUUUUUACUUUUUCACUGAACCAGACUACACUCAUUCUGCAGAUUUCUGUACAUUUGUUAUGUUAGAGGUGCAUGUUUUUCAUCAAUUAAGAUGAAGUUUGGAAUAUGUGUCAUUUCUUUUGUCUUUAUAUAUUUCUUAUAUACAUAAUUGUUUUUAUUCAGCAUGCAGGAUAUUGGUUUUUAACUUUUAAGGUUAGCCCCCCCAACCCGUGAUCUCCCAGCUGCUCCCUCUGUUUGCACGGCAUCAGCCCAUCCCACAGCUGUCAGCAGGUCUUUUACCGUGCCACCAUGUGUCCAGUGUGCUCAGCUGACAAGGCUCUGUUUGUGAUGUGGCGGGGCAAUGGCUCUUUCAGCUGUCUCAUUCCUCUGGUGCCGAGUAACACUGGAGCCCGACCUGUAGUCUCCACUGAACCCAUAGCUCUUAUCUCAUGACUGCUGCCCUGCCGGUGGCAGGGAUGUUUAUCCUGUUUCCUCGAGCCCUAACAAAUAGAUGCUGAAGCGACCCUGGAUUACAAAGAUCUUACAAAAGUUACCACUGUAAUUGCAUUUUAUCUUCAUUUUUGCUCCUUUAGGCACUUCUGAGUGUCACGUUAGCAAAACAAAACAAAAAGAAAAUCGAAACCUCUGCUACACUACUUGUCAUGUUACACCCACAAACGUUGAUGUGUUUUAUUGGGGUGUCUUGUGAUGGACCAACACAGUGCACAGUUGCAAAGUGGAACGUUUUUAAAAAUAUCUGUUUGGUGUGCAUAAAUGUUCAACCACUUGAGUCAACAUCUUGUAGAACCAUCUUUUGUUAGAUUUAAAGGUAUAAUUAUUUUUGUUGUAUGUUUCUACCAGCUUUGCACAUCUAGAAACUUAAAUCUUGUCCCUUUUUUUCUUUGCAAAAUAGCUCAGUUUCAGUCAUAUUAGAUGGGGAACCAAUGUGAACAUCAGUUUUGAAUAGAGAUUCUAAAUCCAACCGAUUUCCGAUUGGAUUUUGGUCUGGACUUUGACUGGGCCAUUCUAACACAUAUAUGCUUUCACCUAAAUCUUUCCAGUGUAGCUCUGGCUGUAGGUUUAUGGUUGUCCUACCAGAAUGUAAACCUCUACCUCUGUCUCAAGUCUUUUGCAGCCCCUAACAGAUUUUCACCCUGAAGAUAGUGUGUUCAGAAUAAUGUGAAAUGUUGAUUUUUCUCCACAUUGUAUUUUGAAUAGUAGUAAAAUAAAGUGUAAUUUUGGUCACAGCUGAUCAGAGCGACCUUCUCUUUCACGUUUGCUGUGUCGCUUAUAGGGCUUGUGACAAACUGCAAAUGGGACAUCCUGUACUGUAGCUUACUUAAAGCUUUCUACUUUCCUUUCAUAUAGAGUCAGAUUUGUUAAGUGCACAACUAAAUAGGUGACUUAUAAAGGCAGAUGGUUGUAAUGGAUUUUUGUCAAUUGUAUCAGAUUACAGAAAGCUGAACAUGUCUACCCACACCCCACUCUUCAGACAUGUUUGUGAACUCAUGGAUAUUUUUUUUUCUUUCCACUUCAAAAUAAUGCAGAACUUUGUGUUGGUCUUUCACAUAAAAUCCCAACUGAACACAUUUUGUGGCUGUAAUACGACAAAAUAUGAAAAAGUCUAUAUAUGAAUAGACAGGCAUUAUUUGUGGAUUUAAGUGCCCGGAUGAAGAACAGCCUUUACAGUUGAAGGAAGUUGUCAACAGGUGGUUUAGACAGUUAAACUAUAUUUGUUCAUUGCUGCAUUGUCCCCAGCCUCUUGCCUCCUUCAGCUUCGGGUUGUCCUUUUAGCAGGGGUACCUCUCAGACUGGUCAUCUCCUGGGAUAUGGGACAGAAAAGAGGCCCCAUUCCUUAACUAUGGAUCACAGCUGCCUCUCCAAUACUGAUGCCUCCGCAUCCCAUUGCUGCACAGCAAAUCCCCACUGACACUGUAACUUCUUUCAGUACUUUCAUCUCACCCAAGUCGCCUUGAUGAGAGUUGGGAUACAGCCGUCUUGUUGUGUUAACAGACAUCAAGCAGCAACUUUUCAUCCUUCAGGGUGGUCUGAUUUGACAUGGGUAAGUGGGGAAUUCUGAAGGAGUUUGGCUGAGUAACACCAGGCCAGGUUUCAGUUUUUAAACCCUUGAACUGAACAGAGUUUUAUUGAAAACACCAAACUUUAGAUUGGAUUUCAUUUAAUAUCCUGCGUCAUUUUUGUACACUUUUCUGACUAAUUGAGGGUAUCUCAACAGCAGUGAAUAAAGUUUAGAAAAGCAGCAGGUUUUUUUUUUUUUACUUAAACCUUUUGCAUCAGUCCAGUGCUGGUGCUUACCUGUCCUUGUUUUUAUCACACUGGUAAGGUAGCAAUUAUUAUGAGGAACACAUUAUUUUUAAAUGUUACUUUUCCUUUGCUUAGGUAGUCAGUUAAGUAAAGGGAUACACCAAGUCAAGUUUUCUGUCACAUUUCCAAUUUCCGGUUGUUAAUCUUUAACCUGCUAAAACUGUCUUUAAGAACUACCGUUUAAGAACAGGGAUAUAAAUAUUUUUUUCUUCCUUCCUGCCAUUAACAGUCAUUAAUAUAAAUUUAUAUUAUGCUGCAUGUGUUGGAGAGCAGAUGCUUUAUAACAGGGUUUGUAUCAUUUUAAAACAAGGACAAAAUGAUUACAGAGUUCACAUUUAAAUCUGGCUAUAGCAGCUUAUAGUAGCAAUUAGCACGGCUUGCAUUACUAAAACUUCUGUACUAUAUUCAGACUUCCUGUUAACUGCUGAAAAUCUUGCUCUCUUUUGCAGCCUGAACCACAGACACAUCUAUACAUGUAUUUGAAAAUCCAGAAACAUCUAACGGCUUUCUUGCAUCUUUUGACUUAAUUUAAAACACCUUACUUCCUUUAGUAACAACUUCCAAUCCAAAAAAGUGUUGUUUGUGCUGCAACCUGGUAGUGCUUAGUGUGGUGUGUUCACUGAUCACAGUUGGCUCUUUUUUUUUAUUUGUGACUGGGUGGUCACCUCUGUCUAUAUCAAGUCAUAUCAUCGUCUCUUGUAGUGAGCAACAAUAAUUCUGGUGGGCAUGUGCUCAUUUAUUGCAAUAUGUUUAAAAUUAGGAAGGUUUUUGCUUAUUUUCGAGCCAUGUGGCUAAAACUAAUUAUAGUGCACCAUCCUGUGUCUUUUGUAAGUGACUGUCAGUAUUCAGUAACAUGCUCAUGUUGUUAUAUCUAAUGCACCACUAACUCACCUUAUAAGGUCCAUGUAUAAAGAUGAUUUUAAUCUCUGUAGAAAGAUUGAACCAGCAUCAUGUUGAACGAAUAUCGAGGCUGAUUUAUAAUUUAACAGCUUUCAAUUUGUAAUCUGUAAUCCACGUACAGUUUUUAGCUGCCAUGGCGGUCAGAUUUAGCAGAGAAUAAUUAUUAUCCCUGUUUUAUUUAUCCAGACUCCAUUUCACAAGUGUCCCUUUAUAAACCACUCCCAUUCUUUUCCCUCCACCACUUCUUAAAGUUUUUCAUGUCUUUGUUUAGUUCAUAUUACAUGGUAUUUGAUUAAUUGGUUUAUUUAUUGGAUAACAGAUCUGUGCCAAGGGAUAAUACCCUUUCAUUAAAAUACAAACCCAUUCCUUAUAAAGUAA